AUGAAAUUUCAACAGAAUCUCGAAGCCCACAUAACACCCGAAUGGCGUACACAAUACAUCGAAUAUGCUCAACUAAAGGCGAUGAUACUCGAUGCCAUUGCACAGGCGCCACCCCCUGGCAGCAUUCAACACUCAGACUAUUUCAUUAAUUUCAAGCACAAACUCUUCGAAAUUUGCGAUAAAGAAUUAGAAAAGGUCAAUAUGUUUUACGAAGCGAAAUUAAUUGAGAUCACACGCAAAUACACCAACCUUAAGGAUGAACUCAAGUUGGCCAAAGAGUUGACAGACAGCAGCGUAUUGGCGCGUUCAUCAUUCAUAGUUAAGAAGCCAUUCUUUAGACCAACGAUAGAUAUGACUAAGAUCUUGACACGUAGCGCCAGUCAUGAUUUUAAGGCGGCAUUUAGUGAGCUCUACUUGAAUGUGAUACUUCUGCGUAACUAUCAGAUUUUGAAUCAUACUGGGUUCCGUAAAGUACUUAAGAAGUAUGAUAAGCGCUUUCGUGGUAGAGCUGGUCACGAUUACUUCGUAUCGAAAGUGGAAAAUGCACUUUUCCAUACCAACCGUGAAACCAAAGAGCUUUUGAGAAAAAUCGAGGAUGUAAUGACUUUUAAUCUGGAGCAUGGUGAUCGUCAUAAAGCCAUGCAGAAGCUACGUGUGCCACCACUCGCUGAUCAGACACAUCCAUGGACUUCGUUUCGUACGGGAUUUUCCUUGGGUGCCCUAAUCAUUCUAGUAAUUAUGGUUAUUUUAUCUUUCACAAUGAAGGUCAUCGAUGUGGAUGUCGCAACAUGCGUGCUUCUUUUUCGUGGCCCCUUCACAAUGAUUUUCUUCCUCGGACUACUCAGCUUGAACUUCUACAUAUGGCGCCGAGCGGGUAUCAACCAUGUGCUCAUAUUCGAAUUGAAUCCGCGCAACUAUUUAGCCGCAGUGCAAAUUCUUGAAAUUGCUGUUGUAUUUGGCUGCAUACUAUCGUUGCUUACGCUCGCAUUCCUACAUUCUCAAUAUCUUGGGAUGCCACCAUAUGUAUUUCCGCUUGCCAUGCCUGUAAUUAUGAUUGUCUUCCUUAUCAAUCCUAUUCGAGUACUUCAUUAUCAAUUGCGUAUGUGGUUGCUGCGUUAUUUGGCACGCAUCGCUUGUGCACCAUUUUUGAAAGUCGUCUUUGCCGACUUUUGGUUGGCAGAUCAAUUCAAUUCGCUUGUGGCACUUUUCGUCGAUUAUAGCCACAUCAUAUGUUACUACACCACACCGUUCGAUUGGUACCAUGCCAAAGAGCCGGCAACUUGUGCUAACAAUUAUCAUCACACCGCUAUAAUGCGAGUGUUGCCCGCUUGGUUUCGCCUCGCCCAAUGCUUGCGGCGACAUCGCGACGAUCGUACUCGUGAUAGAAAGCACUUAAUAAAUGCUGGCAAAUAUGCAACUACUUUCUUCGUGGUAUUUUUCGACUUCACAAGAAUGUAUUAUGAAGCUUCAUACAACAGCCGACUGGAGAAUCCAUUUACCUGGUUGUGGAUAACAUCAGCCAUCAUUUCAUCAUCGUACGGGCUGGCGUGGGAUUAUCGGAGGGAUUGGGGCAUCUUUGGUAAAGAUGUUGGUGAGCAUAAAUAUUUGCGGUCCCAAAUUCUCUAUCCAGCGGGAUUCUACUACUUUUUGAUUGUAGAAAACUUUCUUCUCCGUUUUUUAUGGGCCUAUGUAUUUGUACUCGAUCAGACGCAAGCGGUUAGCAAAAGGAUUAUGGCGUCCAUAGCGGAUAUAUUGGAAGCAAUACGACGCUUCUUAUGGAAUUUCAUUCGACUGGAGAAUGAGCAUCUAAAUAAUUGUGGCAGAUUUCGUGCAGUGCGGGAUAUCUCAAUUUCAGUUCUUGAACAACCAUUGCGUGGCUCAGUGACUUCUGUUAGUGAAUCAAUACCCAAUAUGAAAAUAAAUAAAAA